AUGGGCGCCCUAUCAAUAUUAAGCGGCGUGCUCGCGCUGCUGCCUAUCAUCUGCUCUCUCGCAGUCUUGAUCGGUCUCGACGUUGGCCGUGAUUCCUCGUCGCCACCACUGUUCAAUCCUGAGAAGCCGAAAGGUCCCGAUGGCAAACCACUGGAUAACGGCAUCAAACACAAGUCAUACUGCGAUGAAACAAUUGGUAUUUCGCCACCGGCAAAGGGCGAUCACUACACGCUCAACCCGAAUCCAUGGAACUGGGAAGAAGGCGACGAGGGCAGUCUCUGCCUCAAUGUCACGACCUUCAACAACCAGACGUAUCCAACCGAUUCCUCCGCGCCCGAAUUCUCCGUCACAUGGCAGUACCCUCCAGGGCCGCCAUCGUCGCCUGUGCACGCUUACCCCAACGUCAAGGUCGAUUCUGGUGUCUUUCCCAACCAAAUCAAGAACAUUGACGAGAUGAUGCUCGACUUUGAAUGGACGUAUGCUGUAGGCAACCUGACGGUCGAGACCACGGACGAAAAGGCACUCAAUGCCAGCAACGUCAACGCCAACGUCGCGCUCGAUCUGUUCUUGGACCAGGACAAGAAGAAGGCGCAGAUCAGCGAGGAUGCUAGUACGGAAAUCAUGGUGUGGUUCGCGGCGUUUGGGCCUGCGACGCAGCCCAUCGGCCGGGAUGACGGCUCACUGGAUGAGCAGGAGCUUGACGGCACCAAGUUCACGCUGUACUCUGGCAAAAACGGCGUCGGUCAGUUCGUCCUCACCUGGUACUGCGAGGACCCCGCCCCCAAGUUCCACGGCGAUCUCCAACCGCUCGUCGACCGCCUCGUCGAGAUGGGCGACACCAACUUUCCCACAGAGUCCGAUUACAUUGGGUACAUGGCUGUGGGAACCGAGACGUACUUCUCCGACGACUAUGUCACCUUUCACGUGCCCCAACUCGCGAUCGACGUUCACUUGAAGGAUUAA